AUGGAAUCCAGGACCUCCGUGGCAAGUCCUGCGGUAGCGGCGUCGCAGCUCUUUGACGUUGUCGUGUUUGCAGGUGGGAAGGCCGAUGGUCUCCGUCCAUUGUGUGACAAUGAGCCGAAACCGAUGCUUUGCAUCUGCAAUCAACCCAUGAUAUGGUACUGCCUGUAUCCCUGGUACGCCGCUGGCUGUCGUACCUUCUUUGUCACCGUCAACGAAGACUACGCGGCGUUGCAGAGCUACCUGCACCGCGUGUUCCAUGAUGUGGAGUUUGUCUUUGUGUUGGUACCCUUCACGCAGAAUGAGGCGCCGUCAACUACCUGCGAUGUGGUGAAGGCGUACCUGGAGCACAAGGAGUCCUUGCUGCCGAGUAAAUUGGGGCAUGCGCGUGACGCGUUGCUUCUCAGCUGCGACACACUUCUCCCUGGACUGGACCUGGAACCGUUUAUUCGCAACUUUUAUUGUUCCGUAGCCUCUGUAUCGGUGCUUUUGUUUCGUCCGCUGAAAAACACUCACACCCCGGCGGCUGCGGGGACAAAGGCUAACAGGAAACACGACACCGGCUUCCCCCCAAAACCGUACACAUUUCGCUACACUUGUACCGCAUACGAGGAACUAGAUGAGGCCGUAAACGGUACCUCGACGGCAAACUCGCGGGGCGACGGUGAGACUGACAGGGACACCAAUGGUCCGUGCAGCUACAGGUUACACAUCAUGUGCCCAUAUGAGGAGAGGCUGAGGCCCUAUGUUAGCAUGGGCUUUGGGGCUCGGCGACCCAACCUCACCUUUGCCUGCGACACGACGGACGCACACGUAUACCUUGUGCGUCACUGGGCUUUGCAUGCUAUUGCAGAUUCUGCGGGUGAAGGGAGGUCGGUGCAGCGCGACUGCAUCCCAUUUUUUGCCCUGAACCAGCAUAGUACCAUCAAUGAGAAACAUAGCUUGUUUGCGCGUCCGGAGAACAAGAUCAAGUAUAACAUUCCCAAACACUGGUUGUUUGAAAGAGACUGCUUUGUGAAUUUUCUUAAUGCCUCUCCAGGACCCGUGCUACCUGCAGAGGCGGAUAAUCUGCUUGUGUGUUGCACUAUCUACGAUGAAAGGCCAGAAACGUACAUGCGUGCCUACCGUGUCAGGACGUGCGAGGACUACAUUGCCGUGAAUAAAGAAAUUAUAUUCUCCAAAUGUCUGUUACACGGCGCAAAUGAAACGAUGCCGCGGAGUGCCACCAGCGGCACCGCCAAAUACACCCACCCACCGCCACACCAACAACAACAACCACAAUCAAUUCAGAGGCCUUCGCAGUCAUUCAUGGGCAAACAAUCCAUAUAUCGUGCUGUGAAUUCCUCACGAUUUCCUUUUUCUGCCAUGGCGCUCAGCGGCCUGGUGAGUGAUUCUGCCUUCACAAUACGCGCGGACGAUGUCUCUAGAGGGAUUACUGUCAUCCACAGUUUUCUGCGUACCUCGCCCACGUGCAAGGCCACUAUUGCCCGCAGUAUCAUUGGAAACAAUGUGACACUGGGGCCAGACGUGCGUAUUAGUAAUAGCAUUAUUUUGGAUAAUGCCGAGAUCGGUGCAGGCGCGACCAUCUCCAACUCUGUGAUUGGUUCAUCUGCCAUGGUCACUGCAGGGGUGAAGGUGAUGAACUGCACGGUUGGACCGCAGUGCCUCGUGGAAUCACACAGGAUUGAAAAAGCGAUUUGA